AUGGACGCUUCCAGUCGAGCGACGGUGCUCGCCUCGUUCAGUUUCCAGGCCCCACUGGAAUCCCGCUCCAGGUCGCCACGCUUCGACUUCUACGAACAGGAGCGCGCCGGCGAGACCACGGAGGAGGAAACGACUGAGGAGGAGGAUGAUUUUGGUACUGACGUUUCUCUGGUGGAUGAGCAAAGUUUUCAAGAGCAUAGGAGCUAUGAGGACUUAGUGAGCACUUCUGAAAUCUGUGACUCCAAUCAAGAGUAUUACAGAAAGCUUGAAGAGCUGAAGGCAGCCCACAUGAAAACGAUGGCAAAAUUGGAGAAACUGUAUCAAAAUAAAUUACACUUAAAGGCAGUGCAGCCAGAGACCAAGAAGGAAGAAAUGCCUGGCCCAUGUUUUAGCUCGGUGUGGAUCACCUCCUCCUAUCAACCUGCCAUUUUGCAAAAAUCAUUUUCGGAGCCUGAUUUGAAUCAACCUUCUUCCAUUAGUGUAUCAGAUAUGUCUGAAACUGGAUUUUCCAAUAUAGAAAAAGAAAAUAUGAAUGAAUUAAAAAUAAUGACUUCUGCUAAGGAAUACAUCAAGAAUAUGUGGAAUGACUUUUCCGUGAAGGACUAUACUUAUACUCACUCUGACAGUUCAGAUUCACCAGUAGUUGAAAAGCCAGAGAAGAAACCAAAGGAGUGGGUGCCAAAGAUUACAGUGCCUAAGCCCUUUCAAAUGACCAUCCGAGAAGACAAGAAAAAAAAAGAGUGGCUCAAAUCCUGGUCAGAGAUGGAGAUGGCGUUUAAACUGCUGAAAAAGCAAGAAGAAGAGCUAGCUCGGAAAAAAAGGUUCCGAGCUAAGCCUGUGCCGGAGUCUGUCUUCCUCCCCCUUUAUCAUGAGAUACUGGAGCGGAACGAAGAAAGGAAGAAGACUGUGAAGGAGAGAAGCAGAAAGAUCCUUCUGGCCUCCCAAAAGCCAUUUACAUUUAUUGCAAGGGAAGAGCAGAAGAGAGAAGCUCGCAAGGUGCAGCUGGCUGACAUGCCGAAGCCUGAAAAGAGAAAGAAUCAGUUUAAAGCCAAACCCGUUCCUAGGUCUACCUACAGCUCAACUCACAGCAACAGACUAAAGGAGGAGGAGUUCUUCAGAGAAAUUAGGGUACACAUGAGAGCACAGGAGCUCUUACAGAGCUCGUCAUUGCCCAGAAACAUGCAGGCUCACCAGUCACCCUCCAAGAGGAAGCCAAAGCACCCAGAGCAGGGUGAGAAGACCAGGUACAGGAACAAAGUCAAGUACCAGGUGCCCGACUUCGAAACCCUCCACACAAAGUUUCAGAAGCAGCUCUUGGAGCAAAAGAAUCCCAGGCCUACCACAGUCUGUGAGCCAUUUGAUCUCCUAACUUUGCGGAUCCCCUCCAAAAAGGAGAAAAUUUUAGAAGACAUUCAAGCAGAUGAAGAACGAUUAAAAGAAACACGCUGGCCCUAUCUGUCUCCUCGAGGAAAAGUACGGUCAAGGCGCUCAAAGACCGAGUAUACCCUUUGUGAAUCAAGUGAAUCAGAAUCUCCCAAACCUACUAUGUCUUCAAGAAGGAGACAGCAAGCCAUCAGGAGAUCCCUUGAGGAAAAGAAAACAUUAGAAGAGGACCGGAAACGGAGUCUAGCUAUGCAGAGGCAAAGAAUGAGAGAAUUGCAAAAACUCCUGAUGGCCCGAGCUCGGGCUAUUGAUACACAUCAAAGUUUAGCUCAAAUGUCUAAAUCCAGAAUGACAACGCUCAGAAAGAAUGAGAAGGAAAGGAUGAAAGAGUACCUACAAGAACUAGAAGAAAUAGAAAGGAGAUUGAAGAAGAGGCCAUUACUGUUUGAAAGAGUUGCUCAGAAAAAUGCAAGAAUAUCAGCAGAAAAGUGUUAUUCUAACACCUUAAAAGGACUAGGACUUUGCGAUGAGUUUGUUUCAAAGAAAGGCCAAAAUGCAGAGUACUUGACAGACCAAAAGAUUGAAAACUACUCUGAAGAUGAAGUAAGCCUUGAUAAAGACAAACUAGGAGAACACUGGGGAGAAAAGGAUCAGGAUGACUUGGUCAGCCAAGAUGGUCUCAAUCAGGAUGAUAAAAAUCAUGAAGAUAGUUCAGAAGAAAACUCCAUGUUGUUGGAGAGGGAAAUGGGAACAAGAAAAGCUUUUUAAAAGUACCAUAUUUCUAUUGAUUACAGUCACUGACUGACUUGUGUUAAGUACAUCCUUGGAGGCACAUUUUUUGGAUACAGUCUAGAAAACGUUGGAUUUCUGUAUAAAUUUUUAUCUUUUUUUUUUAAUCCAAAAUCAUUGCACAUAGAUGCUUUGUAAAUAAAUCAUGCACAUGAAUCUAUCAAAGAAAUGUAAAGAAUUUUUUAAAAAAUUAAGUGUUAAUAUGUAAUUAUGUCUUCAGUAUUUUUUUUCUUUGCACAUACCAUUGAUUAUAUAUGAAUAAGUAUUUUUAGUUCAAAUAAAACAAUUCUU